AAGCCCAUUAGGGUUUACAGCCAAGCUCGCCACCUAUAAACGCUUCUCUCCCUCUCACGGACGCCUCCUUCGCCCGCCGCCUCCUGCUCUCCCCAUCUCCUUAGGUUAGGCUAGGCUAGGGGCUUCACAGAGCUCGCGGAAAUGGUGGCCUUCAGGUUCCAUCAGUACCAGGUGGUGGGUCGUGCGCUGCCGACGCCCGGCGAUGAGCAGCCGAAGAUCUACCGCAUGAAGCUCUGGGCCACCAAUGAGGUCCGCGCCAAGAGCAAGUUCUGGUAUUUCCUGAGGAAGCUGAAGAAGGUGAAGAAGAGCAACGGCCAGAUGCUCGCCAUCAACGAGAUCUUUGAGAAGAACCCAACCACGAUCAAGAACUAUGGCAUUUGGCUGCGUUACCAGAGCAGGACUGGCUACCACAACAUGUACAAGGAGUACCGUGACACCACACUAAAUGGUGCCGUGGAGCAGAUGUACACUGAGAUGGCCUCUCGCCACCGUGUGAGAUCCCCCUGCAUUCAGAUCAUCAAGACCGCGACUGUCAACUUCAAGCUAUGCAAGAGAGACAACACCAAGCAGUUCCACAACUCCAAGAUCAAGUUCCCCCUUGUGUACCAAAAGGUCAGGCCACCAACCAGGAAGCUGAAGACCACCUACAAGGCAACGAGGCCGAACUUGUUCAUGUGAUUGGGCUGUGGUGGAUGCUGUUAAGAGUUGAAAUGUUUUCUUCGUAUGUUGGAUCUUCUGAUGCAUGAAGACAAGCGUUUUGUUGCUUAUUUAUUGGUUAAAGACAUGGUUGGUGGACCUUCUGAUUGUGUUCUUAUCAGUAAUCUGCAUACAAUCUAUUGGUACCUGAUAUAGAUAUCUGUUUGAAGUCUGUUCUA